AUGACCCAUUUUAUAUCACGGUAUGAUAAAACGUGUACUUUUACUGGAGGCACCAAUAAGACAUUGAAAGAGGUUAAAUUUGGAAUCGAAAGUUUAAAAGGAAAACUAAAGAACAGGCAGGGCAUGGGAAAUUACGAUGCUGCAAUAGCAAAUGAUUUAUCUGAAAAAUUGGAAGGGCUGGAGGCAACGCUAAACCCUGACUAUCUUAUGUCCGUCUUCGAUAGAUUAAAACAUAUUGUUCCUGAUCUAUGUCCCGAGUCUGAAGCAACUGAGCAACUAGUCAGUCUAUUGGGAAGUUUACAAGAGAAACAGCCGAAUAUCAAACCCAAUAACGAAGCGUCAAUUGCAGCAACGGAGAAUCCUGUUGGAGAAAUUGUAAACAUAAUGAACGAAGAAGACCACAAAAACCCAACUACCGUUACGUAUCUUCAAAAGCUAAACGAUCCGAUAUCAAAGCUGAUAAAACAACUCGAUUCAAAAGACGACCAAUCGCAAUUACGAAGCAGUUGGGCCAAGUACAUGAUGCCUACAUUUACACGAAUAUCUGGACAACUAUGGCAAGUGGUUCUGGCGAGAGAGAUGGCCAAGUUAAGAGAAUUUAGCAAACAUUUCAGUUUGCAUCUGGUUAGACGAAAGUGGGUUCACCAGUCUGAAAGAAUAUAUAACCAAUCUCCCGACCCAUACUCGUUCUAUUUCUGGAAUGGAGACAAUAUAACCAAAGAUCCGUAUUACACAGCUAAUGAAACUCAUAUACCAUGUAAGCAAACAUAAAGACUUCAUGUAUCUUAAUCACAUAUGCCCAGAACCGCAUCGUCACGUCACAGUGCUCGAAAGGGUUUUCAUUUUAAAUGGCGCGUUCACUUGUGUGCGUAUGGCACACACACUAAAUAUCUUAUUAAAGGUGUAUAGUAGGGUGGGGGAAGAUGGGACACUUUUAGCACAUAAUGAAU